AGUAGGUUUCAGAAAGUGCUGAGAGGUAUAAGCCCAGCAACGUGCAAGGGGAAAGGGGACAGGAUUCUGGAUGGCCAUUUGCUUCACUGGGAUGCAAAACCCCUUUUGAGUACUAGAAUCAGAAAUGGCCAAACGCACCUUCUCUAACUUGGAGACAUUCCUGAUUUUCCUCCUUGUAAUGAUGAGUGCCAUCACAGUGGCCCUUCUCAGCCUCUUGUUUAUCACCAGUGGGACCAUUGAAAACCACAAAGAUUUAGGAGGCCAUUUUUUUUCAACCACCCAAAGCUCUCCAGCCACCCAGGGCUCCACAGCCACCCAGAGCUCCACAGCCACCCAGAGCUCCACAGCCACCCAGCACUCCACAGCCACCCAGAGCUCCACAGCCACUCAAACUUCUCCAGUGACUUCAACACCAGAGCCUCCUCUAUUUCAGAACUUCAGUGGCUACCAUAUUGGUGUUGGACGAGCUGACUGCACAGGACAAGUAGCAGAUAUCAAUUUGAUGGGCUAUGGCAAAUCCGGCCAGAAUGCACAGGGCAUCCUCACCAGGCUAUACAGUCGUGCUUUCAUCAUGGCAGAACCUGACGGGUCCAAUCGAACAGUGUUUGUCAGCAUCGACAUAGGCAUGGUAUCCCAAAGGCUCAGGCUGGAGGUCCUGAACAGACUUCAGAGUAAAUAUGGCUCCCUGUACAGAAGAGAUAAUGUCAUCCUGAGUGGCACUCACACUCAUUCAGGUCCUGCAGGAUAUUUCCAGUAUACCGUGUUUGUAAUUGCCAGUGAAGGAUUUAGCAAUCAAACUUUUCAGCACAUGGUCACUGGUAUCUUGAAGAGCAUUGACAUAGCACACACAAAUAUGAAACCAGGCAAAAUCUUCAUCAAUAAAGGAAAUGUGGAUGGUGUGCAGAUCAACAGAAGUCCCUAUUCUUACCUUCAAAAUCCACAGUCAGAGAGAGCAAGGUAUUCUUCAAAUACAGACAAGGAAAUGAUAGUCUUGAAAAUGGUAGAUUUGAAUGGAGGCGACUUGGGCCUUAUCAGCUGGUUUGCCAUCCACCCGGUCAGCAUGAACAACAGUAACCAUCUUGUAAACAGUGACAAUGUGGGCUAUGCAUCUUACCUGCUUGAGCAAGAGAAGAACAAAGGAUAUCUACCUGGACAGGGGCCAUUUGUAGCAGCCUUUGCUUCAUCAAACCUAGGAGAUGUGUCCCCCAACAUUCUCGGCCCACGUUGCAUCAACACAGGAGAGUCCUGUGAUAACGCCAAUAGCACUUGUCCCAUUGGUGGGCCUAGCAUGUGCAUUGCUAAGGGACCUGGACAGGAUAUGUUCGACAGCACACAAAUUAUAGGACGGGCCAUGUAUCAGAGAGCAAAGGAACUGUAUGCCUCUGCCUCCCAGGAGGUAACGGGACCACUGGCUUCAGCACACCAGUGGGUGGAUAUGACAGAUGUGACCGUCUGGCUCAAUUCCACACAUGCAGCAAAAACAUGUAAACCAGCACUGGGCUACAGUUUUGCAGCUGGCACUAUUGAUGGAGUUGGAGGCCUCAAUUUUACACAGGGGAAAACAGAAGGGGAUCCAUUUUGGGACACCAUUCGGGACCAGAUCCUGGGAAAGCCAUCUGAAGAAAUUAAAGAAUGUCAGAAACCAAAGCCCAUCCUUCUUCAUACCGGAGAACUAUCAAAACCUCAUCCCUGGCAUCCAGACAUUGUUGAUGUUCAGAUUAUUACCCUUGGGUCCUUGGCCAUAACUGCCAUCCCCGGGGAGUUUACGACCAUGUCUGGACAAAGACUUCGAGAGGCAGUUCAAGCAGAAUUUGCAUCUCAUGGGAUGCGGAACAUGACUGUUGUUAUUUCAGGUCUAUGCAAUGUCUAUACACAUUACAUUACCACUUAUGAAGAAUACCAGGCUCAGCGAUAUGAGGCAGCAUCGACAAUUUAUGGACCGCACACAUUAUCUGCUUAUAUUCAGCUCUUCAGAAACCUUGCUAAGGCUAUUGCUACGGACACGGUAGCCAACCUGAGCAGAGGUCCAGAACCCCCCUUUUUCAAACAAUUAAUAGUUCCAUUAAUUCCUAAUAUUGUGGAUAGAGCACCAAAAGGCAGAACUUUUGGGGAUGUUCUGCAGCCAGCAAAACCUGAAUACAGAGUGGGAGAAGUUGCUGAAGUUAUAUUUGUAGGUGCUAACCCGAAGAAUUCAGUACAAAACCAGACCCACCAGACCUUCCUCACUGUGGAGAAAUAUGAGGCUACUUCAACGUCGUGGCAGAUAGUGUGUAAUGAUGCCUCCUGGGAGACUCGUUUUUAUUGGCACAAGGGACUCCUGGGUUUGAGUAAUGCAACAGUGGAAUGGCAUAUUCCAGACACUGCCCAGCCUGGAAUCUACAGAAUAAGAUAUUUUGGACACAAUCGGAAGCAGGAGAUUCUGAAGCCUGCUGUCAUACUUUCAUUUGAAGGCACUUCCCCGGCUUUUGAAGUUGUAACUACUUAGUGAAAAGUUGACAGAUCAUUUAAAGAACAGCUUUACUCUGUACACAUUAUAUAAGUGAUUUCAAAUGAAUGUGAACUAGUGAACUACUAUGUUGACUUCUAUAAUUGUCCCUAUUUGGGGACAGAUAGUUUACUACUAAUGGGGCAGAAGUGUGUGUGUGUGUGUGUGUGUGAGAGAGAGAGAGAGAGAGAGACAGAGAGAGAGAGAGAGGUUUGUCCCAUAUAUCUUGUUCCAGCAGCCAUAUACCUUGUGGUCUACAGCCUAAAGCAUGAUUUUCCUUGAAGUCUUGGGGUUGUUUAAAGGAGAGUCCCGUGGUGGCACAUGCCUGUAAUCCCAGCUACUCGGGAGGCUGAGGCAGGAGAAUCGCUUGAACCUGGGAAGCGGAGGUUGCAGUGAGCCAAGAUCGCGCCAUUGCAUUCCAGCCUGGGCAACAGGAGCAAAACUCCGUCUCAA